AUGUGCAACAACACUGAUUGGAAUAAAUCUUCUAAGGCUAUACGUCGUCGCCAAUUUAUCAUAAGUCUCGGGGAGUCUCUUGUUGAGCCACUAAUUAGGAAACAUUUGGACAAUUCCGUUCGGCUCAGAAAGCCAAUCAUGGAUGCAAUCCCACUUCUAGAGUUGGACCUUGGAAAAAGAAGAAUCAAGAGACCAACUAAAGAAAAGAGGACACAAGGACGUUGUCCUCUGUGCCCGCGCGAGUGUGACAGGAAAACUCGUAUGUUCUGCAAUGGAUGUUUCAGGCACGCUUGUCCGGCACAUUCUAUGAACAUUUCAAAAAUACUUUGUGAAAUUUGUUCAUAA